AUGGCUGCCGCCCAGCCUCGACCAUACAGGCGCAUUUUAACGUCGGCGUUGCAUCGUAGAUUUGUUCAUGCAUCUGCUCUUGCUCUUCUUGUCUGCUACAUCACCGCAAUUUUAAUUGGGGAUAAAUCAUCUUUCCUGUGGUCAUGGUUCCCAAUUGGAGGGUGCGGUAUCCGUACAGUCCUUCUCUCCCUCUCUUCCCUUGUUAUCUUCGUCCUGCGCGUCGGUCAGAUGCACAUCGGCUCGAGAACGACCAGCUCUUCGCUUGGUAGCUUCAAACUCAUGGUCCCGCUGGAUGUGCUUCAAACUUUCGGAUGGUACUUGUUCUCUGCGUGGUGGUUUAGUGAGAUCUACAAAUGGUCGUCUUCUUCGAGCGCUCAGCUGGAAUGGGUGAAACGGGGCCGACCCCAUGAGCGUGCCAGUCUUAACGAGAGGCCGAUGUACCUCUACACUUAUCAUAUGGUUCUGGCGGUUGCGCAGUCAGUCGCCCACUUGUACUACGAUCAUGACCGCAUUCCUAUUCCCGUCGCAAAGCGGGUCCCUGGUUCUGCAGACCAGAGGACACACCCGAUCGAGCCUGUUUCGAAAAGACUACAACUUGCACUUCCCGAAUCUAUCAAAUCUGGUGUUACCAGAAGUACAAUGGUCGCUACUUUCUGCCCCCUGAUUUACAUGCUUUUCCUGAGACGCCCAGCGUGGAGCUUCACCCUGUACUUCGCCAAACUGUUUUGGAACUUUCCCCGGUCUGCCGCCGAUCCACCAGGAUGGUUCCCAGUUGGUCCGGGAUUGCUCAUCCGGUCUGCCAUAUCCGGCGCAUUGCUCGUUGUCUGCUGGCAAACAUCCAACCUUUUCUUUUCCGCAUUUAUUAGCAAGGAGCCUCUUAAAAGAGGUCAGCCAUUGACAGCAGAGGCGAAAGAUCCUAACGGCAGCUUGUUGAACGGCUUGAAAGCGAAAAAGGAAGCAGUUAUUACCUACGCAUUUUGGGAGCUGUGCUUCAUCAGUCAACAAUUUCCUGAUCGACGAAAGGCAAUCUUCAACGACAUUGACCGCGACGGUGGCCCGGCCUGGUCGCAGAUUCUGGAGUCUGCCACAGGACUGAUCAAAGGAAUUACCACCCGGAUCGAAGAGGCGAAGAAUCCUGCGUCGGGAUCACAGCCUGCGCCGCAACCUGAACAACCCCAACCUGUCCUUCACACUUUGCCACGCUUGACGGACCCACCCAAGGAUGAAAACGUCUUUGCUGCUUCUCCCAAGGCGACUUCGCGACAAGACAAGUUUGGGGAGGCCUUUAGCACGACAGCCAAGUCAUAUGGACAGUCUGCAGAUUGGACACCAGUUGCCCGCGCAAGAGCUCGCGAUGUUUUCGACCGUGCUUCCUCCGCUGUUUUGAGCCCGGAGCGCAAGCAGAGACUUAUCGAUUCAUCCCAAGAACUCAAAAUGCUCACGGGAUCGUCAACCAAGAAGCCCGAGAACGUCCAUCCAUUCAUUGCGCAAUUUCUGCGAUCUCCAGUGGGUCAACCUUUUCGGCAGACUUACGCUAGACGAUUGUCUGGCAUUGUUCUUGGCACACCUCACGGCACAGUGAGCCCUAUUGUUGAUGCCAUUGAAUCACUGACGCGUCUCCUUGUGGCGAGUCUGGCUGAGGACCAAUAUGGUAAGGUCCAGGCUGAUGUACCAGGUGUUGUGCGCCUCUUUACGGAUACAAUCAUGACACUGGAGCCAUUUGUGCACGGCGGGUUGGAUGCACACUGGACCGAUGUCAACUUCCCGCCUACGAGCCAGCCGGCAGCACAAGCAGAGGCACGCCGGGUUCCAGACGUGGAGGUUGUGCUCGACACACUGAAGAUCUCCCUCAGCGACCUGUUAUCUGCAUUCAAAUUGUACCUGAGAGACAUUGGGCUGGUGGGCAAAGACCUCAGACUGGCAAAAGAAGCAGCCGGACUCUUGGAGGAUCAGGAGAUGUCAUGA